AUUUUGAGAAAGAUUUUCAAUUUAUUGUAAUAUUUUAUAUCCAAAUGUUUCAAGUCUGUUCCAUAUGUGUUUUCACAAAGCACGCAGUCAGUGCAGUUCCCUAAUUUCAUCCAUCUGAAAAUAAACACAUCUACCCUUCCUGCAGGACUACUUAAAUAAAGAAACAAAAGCACCUCCCUAUCUAUGGAUUUUUUUCAACAAGCACUUCCUCAUUCAGAUAGAUAUCCUCCUUAAUCUUAUAUUUUCAGCCAAAAAAGUGAGGAACAGCCAUUUGCCUCUCAGAAAUUGGGAAGGGGGAAUUAACUGUGUCAGCUUUAUUUUUUGAAACUUGGAAGUUCCAGAUAUCAUAAGUAAAGCCACUCCAGGAGACACAGAUGUUAUCCCAGUAAUUGAUUACAAUAUUAAUAAUUCUUGCAUUUGGCAUAGAGAACACAAAAUGACAUUUGUAGAGCACCUUUCAUGCCGGGCAAAGGCUCUCCACAAGAUAUAUUGUGAAGUGUAUGCUUUGUGGGCAAACAAAGCCUUGAAACAACAUUAGUAUAUAAAAUAUUACAAUGAAUCGAAAAUCUUUCCCUGAAUGCCAAUUGUGAGCUUCAACGGCUGCUCAAUCAGCAGCAAACUUGGAACGCAGAACCGCCCCCUGAGUGAAGGGUGGGGAGAUUACAAACACUGUAGAAAGGUGGAUUACUUUUGUCAAGAAGUGGCUUGUGGGCUGAAAGCCUUGACUUUUAAAUCAAAUAUAUCAGGGUAAAAACACUUGACGAGGAAGAACGCGAGAGGGGCAGGAGGAAGCGUGGCUCCAGAUGAGGAGCUGGCACCCGAUCGGGAUCAAUGACCUCCUUGUGCUGAUGUGAGUUCUGGGAUUCACCGGUCUUUAUGAACAACGGGGCCAGUGUUAGCUUCGCUUAGCUGUUCUACCAAGUCCUUGGAAAACAAAGCAAAAACAGGAGGAAAAAAAAAUGUCACUGAAGAAAAUCCAGGCUGGUUCUGUGGUGGAGAUGAAAGGAGAUGAGAUGACCAGAGUUAUAUGGGAACUGAUCAAAGACAAACUCAUCUUCCCUUAUUUGGAACUAGAUUUACACAGUUACGAUUUGGGAAUUGAGAACCGUGAUGCUACUGAUGACCAAGUAACCAUUGAUGCUGCUAAAGCCAUUAUGAAAUAUCACGUAGGGAUCAAAUGUGCUACAAUCACACCUGAUGAAAAUAGAGUGGAAGAAUUCAAGCUGAAGAAAAUGUGGAAAUCACCCAAUGGAACCAUCCGUAACAUCCUUGGGGGCACGGUGUUUCGAGAAGCUAUCAUCUGUAAGAACAUUCCUCGACUGGUAACAAGCUGGACCAAACCAAUCAUCAUUGGCCGUCAUGCAUAUGGUGACCAAUACAGAGCUGUAGACUUUGUUGUGCCUGGUCCUGGUCUAGUUGAAAUCAAAUACACACCCAAAAAUGGUGGUGACCCUAGAAGCUAUAUUAUUCAUAAAUUUGAAGAUGGUGGUGGAAUUGCUUUAGGAAUGUUUAACACUGACUGCUCAAUCAAGAAUUUUGCCCAUAGUUCCUUCCAACAAGCUCUCGUUAAAAGUUUGCCAUUAUACUUAAGCACUAAGAAUACCAUACUGAAGAGCUAUGAUGGACGAUUCAAGGACAUAUUCCAGGAAAUCUAUGAAAAUGAAUACCAAGCAAAGUUUGAAGCCAAAGGAAUUUGGUAUGAACACAGGCUAAUUGACGACAUGGUAGCUCAAGCACUAAAAUCUGAGGGAGGCUUUAUUUGGGCCUGUAAGAACUACGACGGUGAUGUGCAAUCUGACUCAAUUGCUCAAGGAUAUGGGUCACUAGGACUGAUGACAAGCGUAUUGCUUUGUCCUGACGGUAAGACAGUGGAAGCAGAGGCUGCCCAUGGCACUGUGACACGUCAUUACCGAAUGCACCAGCAGGGCAAGGAAACAUCGACCAACCCAAUUGCCUCCAUCUAUGCAUGGACUCGAGGAUUAGCACACAGAGCAAAACUGGAUAAGAACAAUGAACUACAGACAUUUUGUACUGUGUUGGAAGAAGUCUGUUUACAAACUAUUGAGUCUGGAUUCAUGACUAAAGACUUGGCUGCAUGUAUCAAAGGGCUACCAAAUGUGCAGCGUUCUGACUAUUUGAAUACCUUCGAGUUCAUCGACAAGCUGGCAGAAAUUCUAAAACAGAAGCUGGCUUCACCUCAUAAGCUUUAAAAAAAUUAAAGAAUGUCUUCAACAUCAGUAAAAUGGGUUUUUCCUCAAUAUACAGAAUUUAUUCCGUACUACAGAAGAUUAACACUGCCUUUCCAAGCCGUAUUACAAACUAUGCUACAGUGAGUCUAAUUUAGUUUUUGAAUCAGUGAAAGUUGUAAUCUGAUUAUUAUUAUUGUAGUGAAGGUCCACUAUAUGUAGCAGUUGUUAUUUUGUUCAAAAAUCUGUUGCAUUGGGUAGUUGACAGAAUUGCUGCUUGUUUUAGAUGUGGCGACUUUGAAAGAUUAAAUUUUCUGAGAUUAAUUCCAGUAUUGGUUGUUAACAUUGUAAAGUUUCUUUACUUUUGAGACCUUGUGUUAGACAAUAGUAAUUGUAUUAAAUCUUCAUUCUUUACUUGUUAAUGAAUGGAUUAUCUUUAUUUGCCUUGUGCAGACCUCUGCAUAUUUUUAAUAAAUAAAUUCUUGCACUUGUAAAACAAUGAUGAACAUUACCUUUCAGCACUAUCCAAAUGUAAUUUUGCUGUUAAAACCCUGAAAGAUAAUCUACUAAUAUUGACAUCUGAAACUGUGUUGUCAUGUUGCUAUGUAACUGAGUCUUUCAAUACUUGAAAAUAAAAUUAUUGAAGGAC